AUGUCUCCCUCGCUCCAAUUUCCCCUUGAGCCCAUUGUAUCUGAUGCCGAUCUUCCCGUAAUCGACCUCUCCAAAUUUCCACAAGAGUUAGAUGAUGAAGAACUAAGCCACCUUGGAGAUCAUCCCAUGCUCGCCAAAAUAAGAGAGGCUUGCAUAGAAUGGGGAUUUUUCCGUCUCGUCAACCAUGGAAUUUCAGUAGAGCUUCUGGAUAAGGCGCAGAACGUUAGCCGAGGUUUAUUGUCCAUGCCAAUUGAGGCUAAAGAGAGAGCCAUGACAACCUGUAAUCCAUACGAUAGUUACCAUCGAAAGGAUAAUUUUGAGACAUUCAGUCUUCUCUACUCCUGUAAAUCAGAAUCUCUAGAACAAAUGUGCUUAAAGUUAUGGCCUGAAGGGAAUCCAAGUUUCUGCGAGACGAUGGUAACCUACGAUCUAUGUGCCUCAAAUCUCGCGCAAAAAAUCAGUAAAAUUAUUGUUGCAAGCCUUGGAUUGGAUGCCGUUGCCCUCUACCGUUCUCACUUUGAAAAGUGCAUAUCAAGAUUGCGGUUAAAUGGGUAUUCAUCGCACCAAAAAAGUAUCGGUGAGGAGAUUCUGGAAUCUAAUGCAGAUCCCGGGUGCCUCACAAUACUUUACCAAGAUGAUGGGGGAGGCCUUGAAAUUCGAUCUCGGGAAGGCAAAUGGUUCCACGUCAAACCUGUGUCUCAUUCAUUUGUUGUCAAUCUUGGGGACUCGCUCAAGGCGUGGACUAAUGGCAGAUACCGCAGCGCAGAGCAUCGCGUUGUUUGGAAAGGGUGGAUGGAUCGAAUGUCUAUAGCCUUUUUUACUUCAUUUCCAAUGGAGACAGAAAUCUGGGCGCCUGAGGAACUUGUGGACAACAACAACCCAAGGCGUUACAAGCCUUUCCUCCUCUCGCAACUCCUACAUGAGGUUGCACAUGGUCAAGAAGACAGAGAGAAAGCUACUGCUCUCGAACGAAUCUUUGUAAAAUCUACAAGAUAUUAG